UGUAUGGUGGAUCGAUUAACAGUUAUUCAACCAGUUUCCAACAUUGUGCAUUGACCACGGAGGAUAUUUUUCAGAUGAAACAAAUUGUCCUAUAAAAAUUCCAUUUACACUUUUUUCCAUUUUGGGAAUAUUAUCAGUUCAAGCGGUUUAUCAUGGCCUGUCCAUUUUCGCGACAUCCCGCAUCGGAAAUGCUCCACCGACAGCAUUCGAUUGCCGAAGGAGCCGGAUGGAACCUGGACGAGGACCUGAGUGAAAUUCCGGACGAUGCCCUGACCCUGACCCAUCUCAAUGCGGCCAUCCAGCUGCUCACGGCACCCUCGAAUGAGGACGUAUACGAGGCGCUUAUGUCGCUGAUUGACAAACAGCGCAACAGGUGGCCUGCACUGGAGAGAUUGAGAACGGAUCGCAAUGCACUGCAUAUUUACCCCCAUUACGAUUAUUUGGCGGAUGUUCAGGACAAUUUGAAUCGAAUCGACGAAUCGUCCGCCAGCGAAAUUUUGAUCCUGCUGGGCAACGAACUCAUCCACACGGCCUGCGUCGGCAUAAUCGAACGUGCGUUCAAGUGCUUGGGCUCUAAUCUGCAGGAAUUUCUUGGAUCACUGGAUGGCGUAUACGAUGUACUCAAAUUGCAGGAGGAGGACAUCUCCGACACGGGAUUCGUAUGUGCCGGCGAAGGCGAGCUGAUUUUCACCUCGGAGCGUCCGGUAUUGGCGUGGCUUCUGCUGGGAUGUCUACAGGCGUUGAGUCGGCUGUUGUUCAACUACGAACCGCCAAUCGAGAUGGAGCCGUUGGAUGGAGACGUUCCUCGCUAUCGGUAUCUGUUCAAAUUGGACGAUUUUGAGGAACAGGUCGUUCCCAUCGUUUCUGAUAGCAGAGUUCCCGGAAAGUUACGUGAGAGCGUAUCAUCCGAUACGAAGGAUCUUAAAAUGGACAAUGAUUUCUUUUGCAAAGCUUUCCCUUGGCAUUUCAUAAUGGACGAAAACUUGAAUUUGGUUCAAGUUGGGCAAGGCUUUAGCCGAUUGUUUAAGAAUUACAUGGCUACGAGUGGUCUUUCGGCAUGUACGUAUUUCCGCUUCAAGCGUCCCCGGGGACUUUCUCUGAGAUUCAGGGAGAUUGUCCGUCGAACGAAUACGCCCUUCAUGAUCUCGUUACGUGCUCCUCCGGGCCGUCCGGAUUUCUUUGCCAAAGGGUUGGAGAUCAAAGGCCAGAUGGUGUUCUGUCCGGAGUCGAAUUCGCUCCUAUUUGUUGGAUCUCCAUUUUUGGACGGUUUGGAAGGCCUGACUUGUAACGGCCUCUUCAUAUCUGACAUCCCAUUGCAUGAUGCUACCAGAGAGGUGAUCUUGGUCGGAGAACAGGCCCGUGCUCAAGAUGGGCUUCGCCGUCGUAUGGACAAACUGAAGAGCUCUAUCGAGGAAGCGAACGCGGCGGUUACAAAGGAACGUAAGAAGAAUGUGAAUUUGUUGCAGUUGAUGUUUCCGGAAGAUAUCGCUGAGAAACUUUGGCUUGGAGCGCAAAUUGACGCCAAGACAUAUUCGGACGUAACUAUGCUGUUCAGUGACAUCGUUGGAUUCACAAGUAUUUGCUCCAGGGCAACCCCAUUCAUGGUUAUUAACAUGCUGGAAUGUUUGUACAAGCACUUCGAUGAGCUUUGUGGAUUUUUCGAUGUCUACAAGGUGGAAACUAUUGGCGAUGCGUAUUGUGUGGCAAGUGGAUUACACCGGGCCAGUAUCUACGAUGCUCAUAAGGUGGCAUGGAUGGCGUUGCGGAUGAUUGAGACUUGUUCUUUAUACAACACCCAUGAUGGACAACAUAUUAGAAUGCGUAUCGGAAUCCACACCGGAACGGUCCUGACUGGAGUGGUUGGUCGUAAGAUGCCCCGUUACUGCCUAUUUGGACACAACGUUACCAUUGCCAACAAGUUUGAAUCAGGGAGUGAAGCAUGCAAGAUAAAUUGCAGCCCCACGACAAAGGAAUGGCUUAUCAAGCACCCGGGAUAUAACUUCCAGUUGCAACCUAGAGAUCCCUCUUGCAUGCCGAAGGAGUUUAGCGAGGCCAAAGGUUUGCCUUGCUAUUUCCUUGAGGGCUACAAGCAUCCAACGGUGAAUGAUGAUGCGACCCUUCAAGAGCAUAUUGAGGCGGCUAUGAAGCAAUCACUCCUGGAUAGCAAUGAAACCAUCGUUAUCGAAGAACAGAAGUAAACUAAAGGGAACAAGAAAAAAAAUGUGUGACGAUCGUUUGAAUAUUGGUAUGUGUAGCUCCGAUUUGUCAAAAUGUUGUAGCAAAUGUAGACUGUCUGUAUGUGUCAAAUCUUACUAGUAAAUUUCUACCUUCAAAAUUGAAUGUUAUUUAUAAUAAUACAUGUAGUGGAACCGAAAUUGAACGGUACAAUAAAUGUUAUUUUCUCUUGAUAUUCUGCGUAUUA